AUGGCUACUUCGGCUUUACGGGCCUCCCUAGGAGUCGGUACCCUGAGCUCAAUACAAGGCUUGAAAGGAAAUGCAUUUAUGUCGAGGAACCUAACUGCAUUCAUGACCAAGUAUGGGGCGGACGGCAAAGCGCUAAUGGCAAGAUGCUUGGAUAACUGGGUCCAGCCGCAGGAGUCAGUAGUGGAAACAGAGCCUGCCAAUUUUGAAGAUUCUGUAGCCAGCCGAGUCGUGACUGUCGGGACAAGGGUGAUCUGGGGAAUACUUGAAUUCUCUCUGGGCAUUCUGUUGUCGGACGAGGAUAUUAAACAGAUCAGACAUAUCUUGGACGUUGCAGACCGUAUCUUCGCCAACACAAAUGACUAUUUCAGCUGGGAAGUUGAGCGCGAUGGUGACCAGAGGGUGCAAAACACGGUCAAGACAGUCAUGGACAGGGAGGGUAAAUCCGAGCAGCAAGCCAAGGAGAAACUCCGAGCCGCGAUCCUGGAGGACGAGCGGAAGUACCAACUCUUAAUGAAACAGUUCGCACUUUCAACUAUAGAUGUCCCAGCACAUGUGUGGAGAUUCCUAGUCAUGCUUGAGGUGCUUCUCGGCGGCCAUCAUAUCUGGUCUGCUGCCUGUGAAAGAUACAAAAGUCGCGCUCCAUCUGUUGGGAAUCCCUCCGUUAGGAAAGAAAUCAUCAUACCCAACAGAGUUGAGGAGGCGAGUUCCGUAGCCCUUGGCAAUUCGGCUCUCCUGGAUCCAGUGCACUAUAUCCAAUCCCUACCAUCCAAAAACAUGCGGUCAAAAGUUGUCGACGCCCUGAACAUCUGGUUCCAACUUCCCCAUCACUUGGUGGACACCGUCAAGGGCACCGUUGACGACCUCCAUAACUCGACCCUCAUUCUCGAUGACAUCCAGGACUCAUCUUAUCUGCGACGAGGGUUUGCCGCAACACAUCAUGUCUUCGGCUCAGCCCAAUGCAUCAACAGUGCUACCUAUCUAGUAGCGCAAGCGGCUUCCAGGCUGAUUGUCCAUAACGAGCAAUAUCCAGCCCUGAUUACCUUCUUUCUGGACGGCCUUAAAGAGCUGGCACUAGGCCAGAGCUGGGAUCUUAACUGGAAGUCCACCGGGUACUGCCCGUCCACCGAGGAAUACAUGGCUAUGGUUGAUGGCAAAACCGGCGUGAUGUUCGAUAUGAUCAUUCGAAUGAUGCACUGCUUCUCAUCAUCCCAGACCGUCCCAGUUCCAGAGUUGAGCCAGCUUACGAAACUCCUAGGUCGGUGGUAUCAAGUGAGAGACGACUAUCAAAAUCUGCAAGACGAACAGUACACGGCGCAGAAGGGACUCUGCGAGGAUCUAGACGAAGGAAAGCUAUCGUAUCCGCUCACCGUAUGUUGCAACACCGAUCCCACGGCCCAAAGGAUUAUCAUGGGAAUUCUCCGGCAAAGACUUCCGGGAACACCGCUUCAAUUUAACGUCAAAAUGCAGAUCCUUGACUUGAUUCGGCGCAGUGGUGCACUCCAGCAGACGUGGGAGCUCCUCCAGAAAUUUAAAAAGCAGGCAGAUGCCGCCCUUUCCAACUUGGAAGCCAUUACCGGAGUGCCAAAUGAGGGCUUUCGCGUGGUGCUGACCCUGCUAGGCAAUAUACCACCUCCAUAG